CCUUGAGAAAGAAAGAAGCAAUAGGAGAAAGAAAAAAUGUUGAGAAGAAGUUCAUAUCUUCAAACAUACUCUUCCUUCUUCUUUCUCUUCUUUCUCUUCUUUUCUCUCCGAUGUAAUAAUGUCUCCCUUGUCAAGGCUAAUGUUUUUAUAUACUCCGGUUGUUCCCAAGAAAAGUAUGCUCCCACUUCACCCUUUGAAACUAACCUCAACUCCUUUCUGGCAUCCGUGGUCAGCUUCUCCUCUCAAGCCACAUACAACAGCUUUGCUAUUGGAAACGGAAGCUCAACUCCACCGGAAGGCACUGUAUUUGGACUGUACCAGUGCAGAGGUGACUUGAAGUCCACUGAUUGCUACUCCUGCAUCGAGGGCGCCGCCACCCAGAUUGGCCUCGUCUGCCGCUACUCUUACGGAGCUUCACUUCAGCUAGAAGGAUGUUAUAUCCACUACGAGCACAUGGAUUUCUUAGGGAAACUCGAUACGAGUCUUAGGUACAAGAAGUGCAGUAAAAGUGUGAACAAUGACGUUGAGUUCUUUAGCCGGAGGGAUGAAGUUUUAGCAGACUUGCAGACGGUAAUUGGGUUCAAAGUCAGUAGAUCGGGUUUGGUUCAGGGGUUUGCUCAGUGUUUGGGUGAUUUGAGCUCCGGUGAUUGCUCUGCUUGCGUGGCCAACGCCGUCAGUGAGCUAAAGAGCUUAUGUGGGUCAGCGGCAGCCGCCGAUGUGUUCUUGGCACAGUGUUAUGCUCGUUACUGGGCUUCUGGCUACUACAAUGAAUUGUCUCCAGGUGCCUUCCAUGCUUUAUUAAUUUUUUUUCUUAGAAAUUAGCAAGCAAUUUCAUUGCAAUAAGCACACAUACACCUAUACCCGAGCAUACCCAAGAUCCAUUACAUCUUCCAUGGUUCAUUAAUUAUUUCCCACUCUUCAUAAUCCAUUUCUGCUUACAAAAUUCGUAUUUAUUUUUUGCAUAAAAUAACACAUGUUCUAUGUAGUCCUCCCCUCAAUCUUUACAAUUAAUUAGUUGCUCUUUAUCAUAUUUAACUUAGACUAAACAAAGAUAUAUGUUAUGUUAGGUUGAUCAUUGAUGCCUGAAUUUUUUUUUUUGGAGAGUUAAAGUUGACUAGUGUGGUAUCGACAUUCUGAAUAAAAGUGUCAGCAGCACCAGACAUUAUGAGAGGGCAAAAAGGAGUCUAAAGCAAAAGGGUAGGCACCCUAAAAAAAUGUGUCAAAUUCUUAACAAUUAAUAUUAGGGCAAAAAGUGGUGGGCAAUAAACCCUAUUGCAAUUGGUUCUUGAUGUUUUAUGAAAUUAAUUAGAUGUUUCUAGAGAGGGGAAAAAGAGCACUGAUUCUUUUUUAGAGGCAGAGGACCCUAUACUAUACUCAACAAGAAAAUAAACACUUUAAAAAGUAGAGCAUUAUGAUCAUGGGUCUAUAUGAACUUUAAUUUGCUAUCUUUUUAUGCAGUCUGAUCCAUUGUUUCUGCCAUGCCUGUACCUUCCAUCUACUCUACUUUUUCUCCAUUUUGUCACUUUAUUUAGUAAAUAAUUUAUUAUAUCUUUCGUAAUCAUAAGAGGUUAAACUCCUUUUUAUGCUAUUCCACUAGAUUAUUCCUCACGCAAAGACAAUGUGGGAGAAACAGUGGCCAUAAUCGUUGGGGUAAUAGCAGGUGUUGCCAUCCUCAUUGUUCUCCUCUCAUUUUGCCGAAAAGCUAUUGAAUAUUGAAUGGCAGAUACAGAGGAGUUAAAAUGGUUCAAUCAAGGAGCAGAUAUGGCGCUUCUUCUUCCACUUAAGGAGACUUCAUGAAUAUGAUUUUUAAAACUCUCCAAUAUCAUUUUCUGCUUCUUUUUGUCAAAUUUUUAAUACAUCGAUCGUAUCAUAUAUGGUUUUGCAGAAAUUAAGAAAUCCAACUUGUCAAA